GACCCCGCAUUCACUAUAUCUGCUGUCCCCAGACCCCGCAUUCACUAUAUCCACUCUCUUAAGGCCCUGCAUUCACUAUAUCCACUCUCCCCGGACCCGACAUUCACUAUAUCCGCUCUCCCCGGACCCAACAUUCAUUAUAUCUGCUCUCCCUGGACCCCGCAUUCACUAUAUCCGCUCUCCCAAGACCCUGCAUUCACUAUAUCCGCUCUUCCCGGACCCCGCAUUCACUAUAUCUGCUCUCCCCGGACCCUGCAUUCACUAUAUCUGCUCUCCCCGGACCCGGUAUUCACUAUAUCCGCUCUCCCUGGACCCCACAUUCACUAUAUCUGCUCUCCCCAGACACCGCAUUCACUAUAUCUGCUCUCCCCGGACCCUGAAUUCACUAUAUCCACUCUGCCUGGGCCCAGUAUUCAC